UUUGGCUUGGGUGGGUCGGGGAAAGGUGGGUUUAAGCAAGAACAGAAAAGUAUCUAAGCAAGUACCUGAAGCUGAAAGGGACGAAAAGGGCACUUUAAACCAGUGAAAAAUCUCGUCCUCAAUCUCCAGAGCUUGUUGGUGUUUUUUUAUUGCAGAAUCUCUGUCUCUCUCUCUCCCCAACCAAUAGCUACAACAACAAAUGCUUAUCUUGAAUCUAAGUUGUCCUUCUUCCACUGUCACUUUCUCCCAAUCCAGACAUCAACACCCCAUUAAUGCCUCCUCUUCACUUCUCAAUCCGAAUCUUCUCAACCGAAUCCGAAUCCAGAGAACCCUACACACCUCAUCUCCUCUGCUCCACAAACCCACCUCUCCCAAACUUGAAGCAUCCACCAAAGUCUCAAGCUUUAGCAGAAUUUAUGGCCACCCAAUUGGAAUUUCUUCAAAACCCAUAUCUCAGGUCCAAGAUUGGGGCUCAAAGAUCAGUCAAUUGAACAAAACCUGUGGAUUCCCAUCUGGGUUUUCUUCCAAACCCAGAUCCCAAAUCCCCAAAGCUGCAUCUGAAGCCAAUCCAGAACGAGGAGAAAGUGAAGCUGCAGUUUCAAAGCCCAAGGCCACAACCGCCCAGCUUGCACUUAUUUUUGGGCUCUGGUACUUCCAGAACAUUGUCUUUAACAUUUACAACAAGAAGAUAUUAAAUAUUUUCCCAUUUCCAUGGCUUCUUGCUUCAUUUCAGCUCUUUGCUGGGUCUGUUUGGAUGUUGGUUCUCUGGUCUUUGAAGCUCCAACCAUGCCCCAAAAUAUCAAAACCAUUCAUAGUUGCACUCCUUGGACCUGCAUUGUUCCACACAAUAGGCCACAUCUCAGCAUGUGUCUCAUUCUCUAAGGUGGCUGUUUCUUUCACCCACGUAAUCAAAUCUUCAGAGCCUGUUUUCUCGGUUGUCUUUUCGUCUUUCCUAGGCGAUUCGUACCCUUUACAGGUCUGGCUUUCAAUCGUCCCUAUUGUCUUGGGUUGUUCUCUAGCUGCAAUUACUGAGGUGUCAUUCAAUUUCCAAGGCCUGUGGGGUGCAUUGAUUAGCAAUGUUGGGUUUGUGUUGAGGAAUAUUUACUCAAAACGCAGUUUACAGAACUUCAAGGAGGUAGAUGGGUUGAAUUUGUAUGGUUGGAUCACUAUACUUUCACUCCUCUAUCUGUUUCCUGUUGCUAUUUUUGUUGAAGGGUCUCAAUGGGUUCAAGGGUAUCACAGAGCUAUUGCAACUGUAGGAAAACCAUCCACAUUUUAUCUAUGGGUGUUGUUAUCUGGAGUGUUUUACCAUCUCUAUAACCAGUCAUCUUAUCAGGCUCUUGAUGAAAUUAGCCCCUUGACAUUUUCAGUUGGAAACACAAUGAAGAGAGUGGUGGUAAUUGUAUCUACUGUGUUGGUGUUCAGAAAUCCAGUUAGACCUCUUAAUGCACUUGGAUCCGCCCUUGCGAUAUUUGGGACUUUUCUGUAUUCACAGGCAACAGCAUCUAAAAAGCAAAAGGGCGGUGAAAAGAAGAAUUGAACAUAGUUUUUACUUGGUCUGCUUCAAUUGUAUUAUUCUUUGAUCUGGUAAAAUUUGUGAUUUGCUUUGGUUUACUCCACAGCUAUCAAGUUUUAGUAAUGUCCAAGGUUUUAUUUCAUGAUAUCUUCUCUUUGAUUUUUAUCUUCAUUUCUCUGUGUAUUAAUGGUAAAUUUCACUAGGAUUGAUUAGGCCUUUCUUCUCCC